CCGGCCGCGGCACGGAUGGGGGCGCCCCGCCUCAACUCUCUCGGUGUUAACAUCGCUGUCACUCCUAAGACGCAGCCAUGGUGUGAGGCUGAAGUGCAGGUGCAUGGGGAGCGCUGUUUUACCUACAACUGCCAGAGCCGCGAGGUCACGCCUGUCUGUGUUCCCGGGAAGAAGGUGGAGGCUGCACUCAAGGAGGACCUGAGAGGAAAUCUGAAAGACCUGGCGGAAAAGUUCAACGAGAAGCUUCUUGACAUUGAACCCAAGGAUUCCCGAGGCAGCGGCCACGAUGGUGAUUCAGGUGGAAGCCAGUGGGCUCAGCCGAGGAUCCUGGCAGCUUGUCAUCAGUGGACGCAUCUCCCUGCGUUUGGACUUGGUGACCGGCAACUGGACAGCGGAUCAUCCUGGAGACAGGUGGAUGCUGGAGACGUGGAAGGAGGACAGAGACAUGAAUGCCACUCUCUGGAGGAUGUCCCGGGGAGACUGGAGGACAUGGCUGCAGGAGGUUGCAGCGCACUGGGAGACGCCGGCGACCCCAGACCUUUCUCCCACUGCUCUCCUUCUCAGCAUCUGUUCUCCUCCUCUCGCCUGGUCUGCAUCUGGAAAGUCUUCCGUUCCACCUCAGCGCCAGCUCCUGAGAGGCAUCUGUCACCCUCCUCCCGCCCCUGCUCCUCUGUCCCUGCAGGAGAGACUGCACCAUUGAGCACGGCCCCAGGCAGGUCUGCAACCACGAGUGUCAUGCAGGGACCCUGGUUCAUCUUUGGGAUCAUCCUCGCCUGCGCCAUCCCGCCUGGCAUCAUCGGCUUUAUAAUAUGGAAGAAAUGCUGUAAGGAGUGCCCGAAAGUGAGGAUUUCUGGGCACUUCCCCUUCUUGGCCACCUCUCCAUCUCCAGCUGCUUGUCCUGACCCCCAGAGCUUCAGUCCUGCAACAACUCUGUACACCUGCUGAGAGGGGCUGACACAGGGGAGGCCACAGUCAGCACCUUACUGGCUUGGGGAUCACCCAACACUGCAUCCUCCCCACAGAGGCCACCUUCUCCUGGCGCUGAUUGUGGGCGUCUCUGCACUUGAACUUCUUGGUACUUGAACAACACUUUUCAAAGGCAAGGUCAUUUUCCACCUUCACCUUUCCUGUGAAAAUUGGACACAUCUCUGUAUUGUCACCUGCCUGCCUGCCUUCCUUCCUGCCUACUUGCCUGCCUGCCUGCCUGCCUGCCUGGCCGAUCUGAGGAUUGGCCUUUUCCCACUGAGCUGAAGGAACUUGAAGAUGCCUCCUGCCCCACACAGCAGCACACACAGAUGUGCUCAGCUAUGUCACCAGGCGUCACAGUUAGGGAGAAGUGGGGGGCCUCUACCAAGGCUCACAGUCACUUCUGCCUAAGAACCAGGUGGUGGGUGAGCAGCAAACUUAGUGUGUAUUUAUGUAUAAAGGAACAUGAAAGGUCCAGCCUGACUUAUCAGGAUCUCUAUCUAGGAAGGGCCACCUGGUGGCAGGUGUGGGACCAGCACAAGAGGCAGGUGUUGCUUUGACUUGGCUGGGGGGAGACAGUUCAGUGAGUUCUGCUUAUCUGUUCCUUGGGAAAAGGCUGAGAGAACAUGAGUCAGGUUAGGAUUCUUUAAAGAAGGAGCAGGAGGGGGCCUCCUGGGUGGCCCAGGGGUUAAAGACAGCGCUAUCAAGCUAUCUCCAGCCACUGCAGCUCCAGUUCUGUCCCCGGCCAGGGAGCAGCCCACAUGGCUAGUGGACCUCUCCUGACUCUCCCCGCUGCUCCCCUCAGAAGUGGAUUUCAGUAGAUCUGCCCGUUCUGCUCCCCACUUCUCUCUCUGGUGGAUCCUCCCACUGCAUUCAAACACCUCUGCCUAUACUCCAAUUCUUGUAUGCAUAAAUAAAUAAAUCUUUAAAAAAAUUAGACUGACCAAGAGGCUUAGAAAUUCUACUCCCAGGUAUCUAUUUGAAUAAUACGAAAAUACAA